UCAUUGCCAAAUAAAUGGUUGCCAAGGGUUUUUAAGAUUUUGAGAGUGAGUAGGUUUUGAAGGUUGGAUUUGGGGAAGAUGGAUAGAUGGUGAUGGAGGUGGGUGCUCUCACAAACCCUAAUUCACGAUGUAGUGGGUGUGUGGGCUUAAUUGUGAGAUGGAGUUUUUCAAAAUUAUUGAUGUCCUUUUUAAUAAUUUUAUUUGAGAUUAUUAUUAUAAGAAAAAAUAAAACAAAAAAUGAGAUAUCCAAAAUAGUUGAUGGGAUACUAAUAGCAACAUUCAAUGGGUAAAAAUGACGUACCCUUUUACAUAUUUCUUUCUAAUCUCUUCUUCAUUCUCUCUCUUCUGUAAACCUUAACCCACUUGCAAACCCUAUACCACUAUUGGUUAGCUCCAAAAUCUAGCAUCGAUAGCUCUUCUCUCACCCCUUCACGCUGUUGUUAGCCUCUACCCUCUUUUGUCCUCCGUUACCUCUUACAGUUCAUCUCCACCCUCUCCAAUCCCCAAUUCGAAGCCCUUAUUGCCUUGCCUUCCCCUACAUUUGUCCCUCUCUGCAUGGUGUGACUCUAGCUCUCGCAAUGACAACCAGUUAUGACGUUGGUACUAGAUCACGAAGAAGACCAAAUUGCCAAAACCCUAAACCAAAUCAUAAUCACAAUCAUAAUCAUAAUCAUAAUCAUAAUCACAUGGAAAGGAGAAAAGGUUGAAGGGUAUUUUUAUAAUUUCAUAUAUUUUCAUGGCCAUUUUGCAAUUACUUUGAAUCCAACUUUGUUUUUGCAAUUGUUUUUUGGUCUUCCCAUUUUUGUUUCCCCCAAGUCUCCCUUGUGAUGAUAUCUUAAACCUUUCUCAGAAGGAAAAAGGUCAUUAAGUGCAAUAUAUUUAUAUUUAUAAUUAUUGCAUGACAGUUCUCGUGCAAGUGUCAUGAUGGGGUAGAUACACAUGCAACAACAAUGUCAGUGUUGAAAAUGUUAACGAGCUAUUCAUGGGAGGCCAAAAUGGUGCUAGCCUUGGCUGCAUUCGCGGUGAGUUACGGAGAAUUCUGGCUUGUUGCUCAGUUCCAAACCUCGAGCCAACUUGCCAAAUCGGUGGGAGUCCUCAAGCAAGUGCAUUUCAUCUUGGAGAAAUCAAACAUAUCGAAACCCCAAUUUGAUGAAAUCAAAAGUCUUCUAAAAGACUUGCUAGCCAUUACCAAGUGCGUCGUUGAGUUUAUGGACCUUUCAUCUCGGUACACGACCACCACGACAGAUCUACUAGAUAUGUCCACUGUCGUUUCCCAUAUCGCCACUGCUACCUAUUGGACUAUCAGAAGUGCUGUAGCUUGUGCUUUUCAAAUUGCUAGCCUUAUGGGGAUUGACCAUGAGCACAGAGUAGGAGCUAUGGAGGGUUGGGAACUACCACACUUGGCUCGUAAAAUCAGCAACGAACACAACCAGCUCUCUUUUCAUCUGAAUACCUUCAACAAACGCAUCGACGAAAAGAAGCAAAAGGAUAUGUAUGAAUUGCUUGUAGAAUUGUUUAAAACGCCUCAACUUGAAAACAUGACGGUUUUCAAGGUAUUUUUUAGUACUAGGGACGGUUUAAUAAAACUUCUCGAUGGUUCUGAUGCUAGAAAGAUAAGGGUAUGUGCUCUUGAUCUUUUUUUUUUUUUUUUUUGUAAUUUUUUAUUUCAUUAG